CACUGGGUGAAUAAGAACUGUUUAAAAUGGGCUCAAAAGUACUUUACAGAACAGUUGGUUGGACUAGAAGCUGAACGAGAUGGAAACAAGGCAUGGAUCAGCAAGAUGGUCGAUUGUUCAGGCGAUGCGGAUUUGAACCAAAGAAAAGGAAAGAUGGUUACUAUCUAUGACCUUGUGUUAAAGCUCGAAUGGACUGGUACUUUGGCUGAUGGCACUGAAGCUAAGGGAUCUAUCUCUAUUCCCGAAAUUGCUCAUGAUACCGAUUCAGAUGAUUAUGUGUUCGAGAUCAGCAUCUAUGACGAUAACAGCUCAAAGCAAGCACUGAAAGAAGUAAUUCGUAAAGACUUGACACCUUUAUUGAUCAAGAAAUUCGAAGGAUUCUCUGCUGCGAUGAUCAAGGAAAACUGUGAGGAUGUCUAUAUCGAGGCUUCCAAGAUGGGCACACCUGCUCCUCCCCGCGCUGCACACAGCGAAAAAUCAAGCGCUACCCAGUUUGCGCCCAAGAACACAAGCACAACGGAACCUGUGAAGAAGGCGAUUGUGAACACGACGACAUUAAAGGAUACGGUCAAUUUCCAGACAUCUGCCGAGGAGUUGUACGAACGUCUGAUGGACCCCCAGUUUGCUUCUGUCUGGACUCGAGGCCCCGUGAAACUGUCAAAGGAAGUGGGAUCAGACUUUGAGCUGUUUGGCGGUAAUGUCACUGGCCAAAUUUUGGAGCUGGAGCCUGCCAAGAAGAUUGUGCAGUCCUGGCGACUUAGAUCCUGGCCCGCAGGUCAUUACUCGCAGGUGACUAUGGUCUUCGAACAGGGUUCAGAAUCAGUAGAUCUCAAGGUCGAGCAGACGGGCGUUCCUGUAGGUGAAGAGGACUUGACGAGAAACAAUUGGUCGGGAUAUUACUGGAGAGCGAUUAAGAGUGCGUUUGGAUAUGGUGCAAACUUUUAA